CUGAACUUCACAACAUUGCAGAUGACUCACUUCAGCAGCUAAGCCUCUUCAUGUGCCGCUCAGUGGAAAAUGUGGCUUAUCAAGGUCUUCGCCAUAUAUCUCACCGCUGUUUGUGCGGAUGAGGAUCUUGAAGAUGUCACCUUCGUCCCAGAUGUUGCUCCAACUAAAUCUCGGUUAAUGUCAACAGUGAUCCCAGCUGUCUACGAGCCUCCCGUCCCAACGCUGCAGCUACAGUCAGACUGGUUGGAUGUGUUCCCUUCUGAGAAAGUGGAGUUCAAGUGCAGCGUUGCCGGCAGCUCUGACUGGACCCUCACCUGGUUCAGAAAUGCAGAGGAAGUACAAGAUUCAGAUCCAAAUGUGUCUCUGCCUGCAGACCGAUCAGCGCUUACAAUUACUGCAGCAGCACAAACAUAUUCUGGACUCUAUUCCUGUAAAGGUCGGCACAAAACAAAGGGCGUUACCACAGCAGCUAGUAACUCACUCGAACUCACAGUUAAUGCAAAAAGGCCCAAGCCCACUCAGGACCGAAGUUUGAAGUUCGACAAGCUGUUCCCCGGAGAGUCUGUCACCUUCACGUGCAGGGUCACUGAAUCCUCUGGAUGGGAAUAUCUGUGGUACCAUAAUGGAAGUGAAAUUCAAGCAGCUAAUAGUGAUACUUAUACCAUAAAUUCUAUAGAUCAUCCCAACAGUGGACAGUAUCACUGCAAAGCCAAGAGAGGCAAAGGCCCAUUCUACACAGAGGAGAGUGAAAAAACAACGCUGAAGGUCUCUGACCCGCCUAAACCAUCCCUGAGGCUGCUAACUCCCUGGACGGAUGUGUUUGAAGAUGAGACAGUGGGGUUCAGAUGUGAAAUCGACAGCUCUGAUUGGAUGUUCACCUGGUACAGAAAUAGAGUGCAGAUCCAGGAUGACUCAGUCUUCAGCCUGGAUGAAUGGGAGCCAUCGCUCAACAUCACCUCCAUCAAUCAAGCCUUUCAGGGAGGCUACGCCUGCAAAGUUCACCUUCAAUCCAGGGUCAGCUCUGGAUUCAGCAACACAGUCGAUGUCACAGUUUAUAAAAACAAACCAAAACCAACACUGAGCAAGAACCCUGGUUUUAACCCCAUGUAUGUUGGAGAAACAGUCAACUUCACUUGCAAUGUUGACGUGUCCACGGGCUGGGAGUAUCAGUGGCACAAAGAUGGAAGGUAUCUCCCUGAAACCAACAAAACCAUCAGCAUCCAUCUUAAUCCUUCCAGUGGGGGGAAAUACUCCUGCGAGGCCUCCAGGAGUGAAACAACAGGAACAGACGUCAGUGAGAAAAUAACACAAGAGGUUCUCGAAAUUCCUGCUCCCUCUGUGAAGCAGCUACAACCAUGGUUGGAUGUGUUCCCCGGUGAGAGUGUGAAGUUGAGCUGCGGGAUGGACGGUGGCUCUGACUGGAUUUAUACAUGGAGCAAAGAUGGACGGUUGGUCCAGGCUGAUAAUGGUGUGUCCUUUGACUCGAAUGGAGCUACUCUCUCCAUCAGCUCUGCUUCAGCUGCGCAUGCAGGACAAUAUAACUGCAAGGGACACCUGAGGGACAGGUCUGUCAGCAGAAGCUCUAACUCUGGACUUACUCUCACAGUAUAUGAUGAGACGCCCAGUAUCACACUGAUGCAGGAUCCGGACUACCAGUUGAUGUUUCCUGGGGAGUCAGUCUCCUUUAGCUGCCACAUUAAUGUCUCCACUGGAUGGGAGUACCUGUGGUACAAAGAUAACAAUUUACUUAACUCUGGAAACAAGUUUACAAUCAGCCAUGUUAGAACAACAGAUCGAGGAUUGUACAAAUGCGAAGCAAAAAGAGGAAAAGAAGUUUUCUUCAACACUAGCAAGGCUGUACGCCUUGAAGUUGAAAAAAAGAAGCCCAAGCCCUCGAUGACUCAACGGCCAGAAGUUGACAAGGUGUACGCUGGAGAGUCGCUGUCCUUCAAAUGUAACGUUGAACUCUCGUCCGGUUGGAAGUAUCUCUGGUACAAAGAUGGAACAGAGCUCCGUAUCAUCAGCAACAGUUUGAACAUCCAAAAUGCCAGUUCAUCGGACAGCGGGUUGUAUGAGUGCAUGGCCAUAAGAAACAACCAGAUGUACAGUACAGAGCGCAGCAGUGGACAAAACUUGCGCAUAUCUGAAAUCCCUGUUCCCUCUUUGACGAGACAAACGCCGUGGUUGGAUGUGUUCCCCACUGAGAGUGUGAAGUUGAGCUGCGGGAUGGACGGCAGCUCUGACUGGCAAUAUAAAUGGCGCAAAGAUGGACAGGUGGUCCAGGCUGAUAAUACUGUGUCUUUUGACUCAGAUAGAACCGUUCUGUCCAUCAGCUCCGCUUCAGCCUCGCACCGUGGACGAUACAGCUGCUCAGGAAAACUCAAGAGCAGGUCUGUCAGCAGCAACUUCAGUUCUGGAUUAACACUUCAUGUUUAUGAUUCAAAACCCAGAGUCAUACUGACGCAGAGUCCCAGUCACAGUGUGAUGCACACUGGAGAUGGAGUCUCAUUUAGCUGCCACAUUAACGUCUCUUCUGGAUGGGAGUACCUGUGGUACAAAGAUGGCAGUCUGCUCACCGAAUCUGGAAAAAAUUAUACCAUCACUUCUGUUAGGACAAAAAACACCGGAUCAUAUAAAUGCCAAACUAAAAGAGGAAGCCAUGCGGUCCUCCACUCAGACCAGAGUCAAGUAGUGAGACUUGACGUACAAGAGCGCCCACAGGCUUCUAUAAUCCUGCUGACUGGUUGGUCAGAGGUCUUCUCCACGGACAGCCUGGUGCUCAAGUGUGGGGUGCAGGAAAGUCAGGACACUUGGAACUACACAUGGUUCAAAGAGGACCAACCGAUCAAUAUGCUGCCCUCUGAGAAAUAUACAGUCACACCCCAGAACGACCCUGAGCAGAGCCAGUACACCUGUCGAGGCAUUCGCACCGGGAGACCAUCUUAUUCAAAAAACAGUGAAAAACUCAAGACCAAGAAUCUUCUUGUGAAGAGGAGGGUGCUCCUUUCCAUCUCUGGCUUAAUCUUCUUUGGCAUCAUCGGUGUCUUCCUGGCAUGCAUUGUCCUCAGACUCGUCCGCAAACCAGUUGUUGAUGAAUAUAAGCCGGAAGAGACAGACUUGUUUCUCACCAUGUCUCAGCUGAAGGAGCGUGAUGAUGCACCCUGUCCACUGGUUCAAUACAUCACUGAUGCAGCACUGAAUUCUUCAUCUAAAGAAGUGAACGAGAACGGCACGGUUUGCAGUGAAACAACACCAUUACCAAUCGCCUCGGAGGAGGACCAAGCUGUGACAGCUGAGAGCCAUGACGCAACCGAAAACAAUGGCGGCCUGGUUUCCUUUCAACAAUGAGUGACUGAAGCUCUAUUUGUAUCAUUUUAGUUUCAGGCCGAAAAUGCAAAUAGUGGCAUGAGAAAGGUCAAGCUGUGUCCAUCAUAACAGAUUCAAGACUCAUCAGCUCUACAUAGUCAAACUUUCAGCCUCAGCUGGGCUUUGACCUGAACGCUAAUGCUCUCACGUUCACUAUGUUAGCAUUAGUCUUAAACAGGGAAUGAAAUUAGCAUCUGCCACCUGCCAAAUUCAGGCUUUUUAUAUUAAUAAAUAUUAUUUUCAAAAAGUAAUUAUUAAGGUAAGAAUAGCCAGCUGCCUAACACUGCCAUAGAAAUGUGUACAGAUUUGAUUUGCACUGCACAAUACUGUUGGGGAUUGUACAUAUAUUGACGCAUACAUGUGUAAUAUGUUUAUGAAGAUCUGUGCAAAGUUUUUCAAUUCUCAGAACAAACACCAGAUGUCAGUAGAUAGCAAAGCUUAUUUAAUGUGUUUAAAUAGCUCAGCAAUGACUGUUAAAGGCAACCACUUGGAUAUUGUAUGAUAUAUUUAUCUACAGGAAGUGAUGCUGCUGAAAUGCCAUUCGAGCAUUUUGUGUCUCCUUAUGAAAUUGUCAAAAUAAAAAAUACAAAAUGUU